UUCACUUCUCACCUUUUUAAAAAUCCCAAACAUCUUGUUACCCUUAUGAUAGUUCCAUAUUCACUUAAACUAUUCCAUGUUUUUACAAACUGAAUAUUUUAAAUUAAUUCACGAUUAGGUAGAGUUCUAUCAAUAAGUUAGAUAUUAUUUCGACAGCAUGAAUAUUACACACGAUGUAGACGGCCAAAAUAUUUUGUUAUGAAGUUUUCUGUCUUCCCUUCAACCAUAAUAUCCAGCGUAGUACCGCGUUUUCCAUAUUCUUAAGUUCGACGUAGAUUGAUUGGGCUGUUGUCUUCACUCACUGUUUACUGACGACAUAGUACAGCUGUCAUUAUAGGCAAGCAAUAAGGAUGUAUUACUUAGAAAAUCCAUUCUCUAUUAUUAUAUUCUAAGUGUUUUUAUGUACUUCAUGCAAGCGACUUGUUUAAAUAGGUUUAAUUUAACACUGGAUUAUUUGUUUUUAAAUAUUUUCAGUAUUUCAUUUUAAUAUUGAGUCUUCUAUCGACUACUGUACGUUAUAUUUUACAUUCGAUUGACUCUAUGCGAGAACAUUCCUGGAAUAAGAAAGCUACGUAUCUCUUAUAUGUGGAUAUUCUCAUUGGAUUUAUUCGUUUGGCUGUGUACGUUGAGUUUACGUUCAUCAUGUGGUCACUGCAUCCGUUUCCUUUAUUUAUCGCGCGACCUAUCUAUCUUAGCAUCAGAUCACUAAAAAAGGCGAUUCGAGAUAUGUUGAUGUCACGUCGUGCCAUUCGAUACAUGAACACAGUUUUCCGCGAUGCCACUCCAGAUGAUUUGGCUUCCUCCUCAGAUACUGUUUGCAUAAUCUGUCGUGAAGAAAUGAAUCUUCAGACAGAUAAUAUACCAUCGGUUGGGACUUCAGCUCUUAAAAGGUUACCUUGUUCUCACAUUUUCCAUUUUGGUUGUCUACGUUCGUGGUUUCAACGUCAACAGACUUGUCCAACCUGUCGAAUGGAUGUCAUACGUGAAGCUAGAGUGCAAGAAAGACAGCGACAACAACCUCAUCGUUCAGCAACUACCAAUAAUACACAACCAGAAAGCUCAACAACUUCUGGUCCAUCUAAUUCAACUGCGACACCAUCUAUUGCAGCUAAUAAUCAAAACUUAUCAGUGCCAUGGAUGCCUCCUGCCAAUGCAUUCCCGUUUUAUCCACCAUUUAUUCCUCCUACUAAUAAUUCAACAACUACACAAGCUCAGACAGUCUUUCCGUCUGUGCCUCCUUUAUACAUACCACCCUUUAUGGGGAUGCCUAUAAUAUACCCUGGUAACUUGUUCUCUAGUGGAAAUACUCCUAUGCCAGAACCGCCCUCUGGACCACCUGAAUCAACUGAUGAAGCUCGUCUUCGUGCCAGUGCUGAAGCCCGUUUCACCGCUUUACGUCAAAUAAAUGUACUGUUGAAUGCAGCUGUCCUGCAAAUGAAUGCUUACCUCAAUGCGGCUAGCGCUCCUCCAAGUGAAUUAGAACCUAUUACUUCUAUUAACACUGUCCUCAACACCGACGAUGUGGGAUCAAAUAAUGAAGGAAAGGGAGCCUCAAGUAGUGAUGUAAAUUCUCAGUGGCUCAGUGGUCAUUUAAAAUCAUCAUUAUGUCGGUUGUUUCUAAUAUCUGGACCACAUGUGUCUACCUAUCAUCUGACUAGUCAGUAGACAGAUUAUUUUCAAAUAAGUUCUGUAUUUCUUAUAGUUUUCUUAUAUUUUAAUUCUUACACUAGAGACUGUCUAGAUACAAAAUCAAUCUGCUCACAUGAGGCAAAGAUCCUAAUUCAAAAAACGAAAUCUCUGAGGUGUCAAUAACAACUGUCAGUGUUAGUUCCUCAUUGUAGCUGCCAUUUAGUUGGUGAUCUAAUAUUUCUGGUUCUCACUAUUUUAUGAUAGCAAAUCUACAUGAUUGCUAUUUAUGUGUUUUUCAACUAACAUUUCAUUCUAUUUCAGGUUAGACUCGGAUGGUAAGAGUCCCCUUGCAUCAGAAGACUCGGAAUUUACGGAAGUUCGUAAACGUAGACUAGAACACUUUGAAUGCUCGUCUGGAGAAAUCACAUCAAAGUCUAACUCCGAACUUAAUGAUGUGUCCAAUUGAUCUUGUAACAUUUAUAUAUACCUAACUUUGGUAUUACUAAGUUUAUUCUGAGAUUAGUUUGUGUAAGUUGAAUUCUGUGUGGCCAUGUAUUCUUUCAGAAUUCUUAAAUAAAACGAAUGGCUUUCUAUAUAUUUCAAAAUUUAAAUUAUAUUUGAUGUAGUAUUGUUUCGUUAUAUUCUGUCUUCAAGUAGUCUCAAUAGUUCGCCUUUAUUACUUGUUAUGUUUCAAGGAAUGUGAGAUAUUUCUCUUCAUUAUAAUUAGUAAUAUGGUUUUGUUCAAUGUACAUAUACUUUUUUAUAAAUUACAGGGAUUAGUGUAAUAAUAGACAAUAGUUUAAUAGAUCACUUAGACAAGGC